AUGAACACAUUUCUAGCCGUUCUGCUGGUUCUUGCAAUUAUUGUCUCCAAAGGCUUUUCUUGUUAUCAAGGUGGAGCAUAUCCUUAUUACCCCUACCCUUCGUACCCCUACUCUCCGUACCCCUACUAUGGCUAUAACUAUGGCUAUGGGAUGCCAUGGGGAAUGGGCGGUAUGGGAAUGGAUCCCGCGACUGCAGCUAUCAUGGGAGCUGUUUCAGGUGCACUCGCCGGACUGAAUUAA